UUGCUCCACUGCAGGAAAUGAUUGGUUCAGGGUAAUAUCGGCUGCUGCUCUGCUGUGAUUAUUAGUGUCACCUGACACUUCUGGUGGACUUCAGAGUAGGAGCUGCCAUGAGUGUCCUGUGGACUUAAGCUGUUCAGCAAAGAGUAUCUGCCAGCCUCAGUGUGGGAGUGAGGAGAGCUGCAGUUGUGGAACUUGCAGAAUGGAAGCAAGGAAAGGAAAUCAGCUGACACAGGAGCCGGAGUGAGAACCACACUGACGCAGCCUACACCAUGAAUUUGAGUCUACCUUCUAGGCAUUGAGAGGCAAGAGCAGGCCAAGUUGCUGGAGAGCAAUGGCUCUCUUUACUCCCUGGAAGUUGUCUUCUCAGAAGCUGGGCUUUUUUCUGGUGACUUUUGGCUUCAUUUGGGGGAUGAUGCUUCUGCAUUUUACCAUCCAGCAGCGAACUCAGCCUGAAAGCAGCUCCAUGCUGCGGGAACAGAUCUUGGACCUCAGUAAAAGAUACAUCAAGGCACUGGCGGAAGAAAACAGGAAUGUGGUGGAUGGGCCAUAUGCUGGUGUCAUGACAGCUUAUGAUCUGAAGAAAACUCUCGCUGUGUUACUGGAUAACAUUUUGCAGCGCAUUGGCAAGCUGGAGUCAAAGGUGGACAAUCUUGUUAUCAAUGGCACAGGAACAAACUUAACCAACUCCACUACAGCUGUUCCCAGUUUAGUAGCACUUGAGAAAAUUAAUGUGGCAGAUAUCAUUAAUGGAGCUCAAGAAAAAUGUGUAUUGCCUCCUAUGGAUGGCUACCCCCACUGCGAGGGGAAAAUCAAGUGGAUGAAAGAUAUGUGGCGUUCGGAUCCCUGCUACGCAGACUAUGGAGUGGAUGGGUCCACCUGCUCUUUUUUUAUUUACCUCAGUGAGGUUGAAAAUUGGUGUCCUCAUUUACGUUGGAGAGUCAAAAAUCCUUAUGAAGAAGCUGAUCAUAAUUCAUUGGCAGAAAUUCGUACAGAUUUUAAUACUCUCUACAGUAUGAUGAAAAAGCAUGAAGAAUUCCGAUGGAUGAGACUACGGAUCCGGCGAAUGGCUGCUGCUUGGAUCCAAGCAAUCAAGUCCCUGGCAGGGAAGCAAAAUCUUGAAAAGAGAAAGCGAAAGAAAGUCCUUGUCCACCUGGGACUCCUGACCAAGGAAUCUGGAUUUAAGAUCGCAGAGACAGCAUUCAGUGGUGGCCCUCUUGGUGAAUUAGUUCAGUGGAGUGAUUUAAUUACAUCUCUGUACUUACUGGGCCAUGACAUUAGGAUUUCAGCUUCACUGACUGAGCUCAAGGAAAUUAUGAAGAAGGUUGUAGGGAACCGGUCUGGCUGCCCAACUGUAGGAGACAGAGUCGUCGAGCUCAUUUAUAUUGAUAUUGUGGGACUUGCUCAGUUCAAGAAAACUCUAGGACCAUCUUGGGUUCAUUACCAGUGCAUGCUUCGAGUCCUGGAUUCAUUUGGUACUGAGCCAGAGUUUAAUCAUGCAAAUUAUGCCCAGUCCAAAGGUCACAAGACCCCCUGGGGAAAAUGGAAUCUGAACCCUCAGCAGUUUUAUACCAUGUUCCCUCACACCCCAGACAACAGCUUUCUGGGAUUUGUGGUCGAGCAGCACCUGAACUCCAGUGACAUCCAUCACAUUAACGAAAUCAAAAGGCAGAACCAGUCCCUUGUGUAUGGCAAAGUGGAUAACUUCUGGAAGAAUAAGAAGAUCUAUCUGGAUAUCAUUCAUACAUACAUGGAAGUGCAUGCAACUGUUUAUGGUUCCAGCACAAAGAACAUCCCUAGUUAUGUGGAAAAUCAUGGUAUCCUCAGUGGACGGGAUCUGCAGUUUCUUCUACGAGAAACCAAGUUAUUUGUUGGACUUGGGUUUCCUUAUGAAGGCCCAGCUCCCCUGGAAGCUAUUGCAAAUGGAUGUGCUUUUCUGAAUCCCAAGUUCAACCCACCCAAAAGCAGCAAAAACACAGAUUUUUUCAUUGGCAAACCUACUUUAAGAGAGCUGACAUCCCAGCAUCCUUACGCUGAAGUUUUCAUUGGCCGGCCACAUGUUUGGACUGUUGAUCUCAACAAUCAGGAGGAAGUAGAGGAUGCAGUGAAAGCAAUUUUAAAUCAGAAGAUUGAGCCAUACAUGCCGUAUGAAUUCACCUGUGAGGGAAUGCUACAGAGGAUAAACGCAUUCAUCGAGAAGCAGGACUUCUGCCAUGGGCAAGUGAUGUGGCCUCCACUGAGUGCCCUGCAGGUGAAGCUUGCAUCUCCCGGGCAGUCCUGCAAGCAAGUGUGCCAGGAGAGCCAGCUCAUCUGCGAACCAUCCUUCUUCCAGCACCUCAACAAGGCCAAGGACCUGCUGAAGUACGAGGUGAUCUGCCAAAGCUCGGAGCGAGCCAAGGACAUCCUCGUGCCCUCCAUUGAACCCAAGAGCAAGCACUGUGUGUUCCAAGGUGACCUCCUGCUCUUCAGCUGCGCAGGCGCCCACCCCAUGCACCAGAGGAUCUGCCCCUGCCGGGACUACAUCAAGGGCCAGGUGGCCCUCUGUAAAGACUGCCUAUAGCAGCCCAGCUUGGCCCUGCUCACACUGUGCUGUGGCAGACAGCAGCUCUGUCAGGCAGGGCCAGGGGGCAGCAUCAUUCAGGGACUCUGGCCAGAGCCCAGAUUUUUUGGUUGAAAGUUCUGUUUGGUACUUCUGCUUUGGGCAGUGCGUCCCAGGGGAGUUGUCACCAAAUCAAAAUGAGAGCAGAUGUCGGGCCAGAAGCCUGGCUUCUCCCUGGUACAAAAAGCAUCAUUUCUACUUUGCGUGGAGCAACUGCAGAGAGACUGUCAAUGCAGCUGCUCCAGGGUAAAGAAGAGAGAGAGAAGGAAACAUCUAAAAUGCAUUUAAAGCAAAACAACAAGAGCAGGAAUUGAGCUAAAAGGAGAGAACUUUGGGAACAUUCCUAAACCCAUUAACUUAUUUAUUUGGGAGGGAGGGAGGGUUUGGGAGGGAGGAAAGGGAUCAAUCACACGCUUCUUCCUCUACUUCCCACUGUUAAUCAUUCACUCUCACACUAGUCCAUCUGCUUCAGGUGGGCUGCAGUAGGGCUAAUGGCUUUCUGGAGGAUCUGGCUUCUGAUGGUAGCAGAGCAAAAGAAAAUCUUGCUUUGAAAACACAGCCAAACUGUCCUGAGAAUUGUCACAGAGCCAAUGGGCCCUUUGUGUGCUUGGUGUGUGGCAGCUAGAAGAUAAGUUAUGCCUUGGAGGGUGCGUGAGUACCUCUGAGGGCCUGAGAGCCCAGCCAGGGAUGAAAAAUGGGGCUGUUUUCCAUUCAAGAGAGACCCCUUUCCCUGUGUGCCCCCUCCCACCACUCCUCCCAACUUAUCCUAAAUUUCUGGUUGAAAGUCUUUUAGAAAGGAAAUGCAAGGUUGUAGAAUUUCUGUUAGCUGGUAGUUAAUGUUCCCUCCCUCACAUGCCACUGUGAGGAGGAGAAUGGAGAUGUGAGACUCCCCUGCCUCUGGGCUUGGAGGGCUGAUUCUGUGUUUCCUCAAAGAGCUGAGAUGUGGACAAAAGUAAAUCAGUCUGAAGCAUUAGUAGCCCAACCAAAGCUGGGUUUUUGCAAGGCUAUCCAAUAUCACCGCAGUCCAUGCAGCGGGGGUCUUGGUGAAUACAUCCACAGUGCCAGCAGGCGCAACCCCUGGUGAAUGCUGGGUGGUCCUGGACUCUCCCAAGAGUGUAACACUGGCUUUCAUUCUGAGGGGAAUGAGCAGACCUGUGGGACUCAGACCUCUACGUCUUCUAGCCCCACACUCUGCCUCUGUGUAAGCUUUCAUCUCCAUGAAACCAUUGCUUCUGCACUCUGCAAGUUGGUAAGCUUCCCGUGAAGGCCCAAGGCUGCUCUGCCCAGACAGAGAGCCUCCUUCCUUCGGGCUGGAGCGUAAGCCCUGGCUGGCGGAGGGUGGGGACAUGGCUACUCAGCACUCACACCACAGCUGCAGACUGGGGUCCCCAGCUGUAGUCAGGGCAGCCAGGCAGAGCCUCUGCUGGCAGGAGAGCUAGGCAAAGCUGAUGAUUGGGUGGGCCUGCUUGAGGAGCAAGGGAAGAAAAGAAUUCUGUUUUGUGGGGUCCAUUCAGAACAUGAAGACUUUUAAGGCUAGGAAGUUCUGCCUGCCUGCUUCUUGGUUUCUACCUGGUGCAUAAAUACAGUAAUAGCAAGUGUCCAGCCGUGUGAGUGUCCUAUGCCGCACCUCCCCACCAUGGUCCCUCUCAGAGUUUUGAGCGUGCAGGGACUGGGGAGGCAAAACCAGGGUCUCUGCCACUCUGGCAGCUUCUGAGCACAUCUGACAAAGGAGACCUCUUCCCUGAGCACUGAUGAGGCAGGGGGGCUCUCAAGACCUGACUAGGAAUACCUACUACCCGGACCUAGCCAAGGCGGAAGUCCAGAGGAAGUGUAUGUUCAUUUCUUAAAACUGUAGGUGCAGUUGCCUACUGUAGGAGGGGAGAGAACUGGCAGCCUCACUGCAAGGAAGGGCUUUUCUCCUGUGAGUGGGCCUCGUGGCUGCACCAUAGUGGGUAACCUUUGAGUUUCCAGACCUUCUAUUCCUGGGCCAGCUCCGCCCCCUGCUGGUCUCCUUCCCUAACUCCACAAGCUGCCAGUGCAGAAAUUUGACCAGUAGGGGGAGGAUUCCCCAGGCACUGCCUGUUAGUUAACACGUUGUUUAAACAAGCACGAAUUUAGAAUGUAAGAAACUUGGGGUAUUGUUAUCCCUGCCUGCGGAAGCUGCAUGGAUCCUUUGCUAGUUGUUGCAGAGUUCAGGGCCUCUGCACCUUCCUGUUCUCCAAGUCAAGACCCCAAGGUCAGGCAGCUCAGAAGAGCACUUUCUCCUCUUUAAAAAUUCCUCUUCCUUUCCCCAGUCCAGCCUUAGCUGUCAGUCAACAGAAGAUCUACUGGCAAGGCCACACCAGCCUAUGCUUCUCUUGUAUUAUCAGUGCAAGUGGUGGAUGGGCACCAGCUUCCAGGCUCCCUGGGCUCUGGCCAGGUUUGGUCAGGGAUCCUCCAGUGGGGACUGGGUAGGGGGUUUCACCUCCACAGAGCAGAAAAAAAGGAAGUUGACUCGUGAGUGUGGGGUGGAAGCUCGCAGCCAUUUUGCUAUUGCUGAUUUUUUAUAGAAACCUAAGUUAAUUUGUAAUUGAUUCCACAGGAAGAGAAAUCUAAACUAGGAUCACUGUUUUCCUAUGCUAGAAUCAUAGCCUACCUUGUCCUUUCGAUUAUUUCCCAUUGUGAUCUUAAAACUUGAGGGAAAAUUUUUUUUAUCUAAUUUAUUAAGAAACAGAAAAUUUUCCUUUCUAAGAUGAAUACUUUGUGGAGUAAAAACUCCUGAAAGGGCACACACUUCUUUGAAUGCCAGUAAACACCUCACUUAUUUCGUGUAUUCAGUUUGAUUUGCACAUGUACAAAUGGAGAGCUCUUUGCAUUUUUGCUUUUUGUUUUUGUCACUGCUUAUCACAGUUCGCUUUCAGUGUUGGCUGUGUAUUUGGAAAUAGGCCAGUCUGUUUCUUUGGUGAUAUUUGUUUUCCUGAUGUGCCUUUUUCACUUUUCUUUGGGGUUGGUUUUUGAAAGCCAGGUGCUAUUGCAGGAUGAUGGGCUGCUCCUGCUGGGACAGGUACUUGGGUGAGUGCAGAUGUUCAGGCCGACCCCAAGGCCAUAGCACUCCUGCAGGAGGACUCAGAGCUAUGCGGAUGCCAAGAAAAGAGCUGGCUUCCUCCCAGUGGGCUGUUCUCUUGGGGUUGCUGUUGCCACGCUGCAAGUCUGAGCUCCCUGCCACCCCCAGUUGCUGAAGCCAAAGCAAGAGGUCAGCCCUACAGGGGGCUGUGCUGAAAUUUCCAGAGGAAUGGCCAGGAAUACACGUGGUUACCACCACAACGGGGAAAGGAUCUGGAACCUCUUUGUGAGUUUCCUGGAUAAGUGCAGGGUUUAGUAAAUGUAACUGGCUUCCCCUUGGGAGUGGAGCCACACUACCACUCACUGCUGAGUAAAGAUGUUGGUGUGCAGGGUUGGACUGAAAUUAGGGUGUAUAAAUGUGUGCGCUUUUCAGACCAAGGUGGAUUACCUAGAUUAUGUAUAUAACUAGACAUUGCUUCCCUCUGCCCAGCCCACAAAUUCUUGAUUUUCUUUUAAAGUCUAUUUUAUUAACGACAGGCUUUGUUGUGUUAUAGCCCAAGCCUGGAUUGUUUUAUUUAUUUGAAAAUAUUUUUAAUUUCGAUAUUGGCUUUAUUCUAAUCCCAUCUAUUCCUGUAAGGGCACAAAGCAUCGUCAUGUGACUAGAUGGAUGGAUUUAAGUAGGUUCAUACUCAUUUAGGAAGCUGGCAAUUUCAUAAAGCUGAGCAUAAGUUCCUUUUGUUGGCUUCAACAAGUGGAACACCAAGUUUUCGUGUAUAGCAAAGGAUCAAGUUAGUUGUAAAGUCAUAGGUACUGAAAAAAAAAUUACCCUUGCUUUCCUAGCACUUAGGGUUUUGUGAGGAAUCAGUGUUUAGUGCAGUGCCUGGCACAUAGUAAGCCCUAGUAAAUGUUAAAUACUGUUAUUAGCAUUUCAUGAAACCUGAGAAAUACAGAGCUGAGCUCAUUCCCUAUUACUUGGAAGUAAUACCUACAUGGAAAUAUUACCAAGUUGAUGAAUGUUGUAGGCAUUACUAGUUUAGAGUGUUCAUUGCUUCAUCUAGCCUGCUGGUUGAAAUUUUAUUGUAUUCCUGAAUGCACUGAGUUAUUUGAAAAAUAUAUCAGACUUCAGCCCCCGAUGAAACAAGGCUGCAAGCACUUACUAAUGAGAUGAAAAGGAUAAAGCUGAUAUUUGGCCACUUACUGGAUCUCACUCCACAGAUAUCUUCUGGAACAUUCCAGGGCAUUGCUUUGAUGAACUUUUUGAGCUUGAAAUUAAAAAUCCUUUGACACACUGCACCCCCAAAAUUGUUAUUCUUUUGCUGUGCAAUCACAGAGGCUUUUCUGUGUUCCUUAAAUGACCAAUUUCAUUUAAACAUUCCCCUAGGAAAUGCCUUUGCUGCCCCCUGCUGGUCAGGGGUGGGCUUUUACAGGCUGGUUACUGCUGCUGAUUCUUAUCAAAGGUUAAUUCCAGAAAAACUCUGAGAGGCUGAAGCAAUUUAGCAAGAUCCUGUCAAAAUAAAAUGGUCUAGGGUGGUAGCUCAGCACAAAGGCCUGAGCACAAUCCCUAGUACCAAAAAAGUUAAUUCCAUAUCCUGGUCCCAAAGAAAAUCCACCUCCACAGGGCAGCCAGCUGAGGUCCUGAGCAGGAAUUUGGAUGUCCUUCAGAACAGCUCCCAGAGGAUGCUUGUAGCUCAGUGAUGCUUUUCUGAAUCACUUAAACAUAACUUUGCUGCCUGUUGUCGGGUAUUUAGCCUCUUGUACUUCCCCAGUGGAUUUAAAGUUUUAUCUCCUGCCCCAUGUUGUCACAACCCUUGCACUUGUGGAAUAUGGGGAAUGUUUUUUGGAUUUCAGUGUUUUUUGCAGAUUCCUUUGGUUUCUCUUCACCUAAUCAGCAGGCUUAGAAUCCUAUGGAUGUAGUGAUUGGAAUUCACCUUCAGAGCCUCACUCUCUAGAUUUUGUGCUGCCUCGAGGCUGCCCUUCCCCACUGCACAGUGUGAAGUCUGUGCAUAUCUGGUGAUCAGGGACAAUGUCUAUGAAGCAGACUGGGCGGCAGGCACACAGAGCAUUGGGGAGACCCGGGGUAGCAGUUCAGGAUCUUGGGAUGGCCUGUCACAUCCCCCAGUGCAGAGAUGGAGCACAUGUGGAGCAUUCUGCUCACUGACUGCAAGUAUUGAGAUGAUAGGGUAACAGUUGAUGCCAAAGGAGAUGGUUAUGUCCCUUCUACUGGAAUUGCUGUUAGAAUCUUGACAUUGUUGAUAGCCGUUUGUGUCUGUGUCUUCAAAACAAAUCCUGGUCCAGCCAUUUUCUACUGUGUAAUUCUGGGGUUAAAUCCUACGGGAUUCUGCAAAUAAGGUGUUGCUGUCCAAAUGUACUGUACUGGCAUAGAGAGCACUGCUUUGUUUUCCACUGUUGUAGAGAAAUCUAGGGAGAACUUUAUUUUUCAAUAAACUUUUUUCUUGUGUGACAA